CUUAAACCAACCUGAUUUAUCUUACUAAAAACUUAAUUUAAAUUUAGUUUUAUCUUAUUUCACCUCUACCACAAUAUCUGCACAAGAAACUGUACCAAAAAUACUUUGUAUGAUUUUGUUUUUGGGGUGUAAAUUUACACUCACUGACAAAACAAGUUGUAGUACCAACAAGGCCAGGAAGCAAAAGGUGAAUGAUUCAGUUUGCCAAACAGCUUGCAGAACAAGCUGAGCCAUAAUGUUGCAGAUUUUUGCUUUAGCAUCUGGCAGGCGGAGCAGUGAGUGAAGAUGCUGCAUUAGACAGAAUUACACUCACAUGGCUGAGUGUGGUAGAGGCUGUAUUGUGGAGAUUCUUUAGGUCUGGUGGUCAUUGUGAAGUUGACCUAAAUGUGGGAGAUUCAGAUCUGAAAGACCUUAGUUUAUGAUGACGUCAGCUGCCCAAGUUAUCUUUUUUCUCUCCGUCUGUCUUUCUCAAUCGCUGGUGGUCCGCGGGCUCCCCCUGGUGGUCCGCGGGGUACUGCAUUGGACAACCGUUUAUUUGCCGGUCCGUCAGCUAGCCAUGGUUAGCUUACUAAAGGGUCGCGUUUAAAAGGAAUAGUGGAUUAAUGGAUAAAACCGAGUCACUAAAACGAAAGCCUGAAGAUGCCGGUGGAAAGUUUCUCGGGGGAGCAGCCCAUGUUCAGCACCAGAGCUCAUGUCUUCCAGAUUGACCCGGCGACCAAACGUAACUGGUUGCCGGCCAGUAAACACGCCGUCACCGUGUCCUUCUUCUACGACGCCAGCCGCAACGUCUACCGCAUCAUCAGCGUGGGCGGGACGAAGGCCAUCAUCAACAGCACCAUCACCCCCAACAUGACGUUCACCAAAACGUCCCAGAAGUUCGGCCAGUGGGCCGACAGCCGGGCGAACACCGUCUACGGUCUGGGUUUCUCCACGGAGCAGCAGCUGCAGCAGUUUGCAGAGCAGUUUAAGGAGGUGAAGGAGGCGGCUCGUCUGGCCAGAGAGAAAUCCCAGGAGAGGUUUGAACUGGCCAACCCCGGACUCAACAUCGCAGCUCCUCAGCUCUCGCAGGAACUGUCGGAGGAGCGUCACUCUCCGCCGCUGCUGACAGUUAACGGGCCUGGAGAGGAAAAACUGUUUCGCAGCAGGAGCGCAGAAGUGGAGCUGACGACUGAGAAGGAACGGGUCAAAAAGAUGCUGUCAGAAGGGUCCAUGUGUGAGCUCAACUUGGAGGCUGAACUCUUCACUCUGCAGGACAGCAACGCCAAGCUGGUGGCGGCGCUGCAGGAAGCCAACAGCAGCGUGGAGCAGUGGAAGAAACAGCUGGCAGAAUACCAGGAGGAGACCGAUCGCCUCCGAGACCAGGUGGCUGACCUGGAGGCCCAGCUGGGGCGUCCUGCUGCCGGUCAGCCGGCUAAAGAGGAACUGAGUCGGACGCUGGAGGAGCUGGAAGCCUCACUGAGAGCCAAAGAGCAGGAGAUUCAGAAUCUGCAGUGCAGGAAAACCAAUGUAGGGGAACUGGAAAAGGAGAAAGAGGAGAUCAUGCAGAGACUUCAGGAUCUGGAGAGACGAAACACCGAGCUGGAGAGUCGUGCUCAGAACGCUGAGAAAACGUUGGCCACAAAUUUCGAGGAGCAGGAGCAAGCAGAGGUUGAAGUCCAGCGAAUCAUCGGGGUUCUGGACGUCAAAAUCUGUGACCUGAAAGGCCUGAGAGAAAGUCUAGCAAAACUGGUGGAUAAGUAGCCACAGCUGGAGCUGGGAUACAUCUCCACAGUCUGUGCUGGUAGAGUUGAAUCGGUGCAGCAGGACAGCGAAGAUCACAGAGAUGAGGUGGAAAUCACACCGAGGUUGACCUUUCAGUGAAGAUUGACAGCUUUCUCAAAACCGUCCUGUCCUGUUUUAUCAUCUGCAACUGCUAACUAACCACUCUGACGGAGGAAGAUCUGUCUGCUAUGGGAAAUAACAGCACCCUUUAUGGCUUUUUCAUGCUGUAGCUUUUAGUAAGGAAUCUCACCUGGGACCUCAUUUACAAAUACAAACAGACACAUUUAUACUCACUUAGUCUUUAAGUACCUUUAGGUGUUCAUGAAAAAGCUGGAAUUCAUAACAAACCUGGAUGGCUCUGCCUGUUCUGGAGCCAACAUUCGAAUGUGUAAAGAAUGCUCAGCUUUACGUGACAAACACUGCAGUUGCUGCCACUCUGCUCUGUCUGCAGUCUGUCCAUUCAUUCUAGUAGAGAACAACCAUCGCAGCGAUAUCAAUAACCUAAACCUUCAAAUUUACCUUCAAAUUCCUCUGAACCUCUCAACAGAAACCUGCCUUUUAAAAUACCCACACUCACGUCUUCUGGUUUAAAUAUUUGUCCUUUUUUUUGCUAUUUAAGUCGCUUCCUUGGUAGUUUUACAUUGCUUCAUCAGUACUCAGUGAAAGUAUUUAAUUAAAAGUACUUAAAGCGAACAAUGAGUGGAUAAAGUCCAACACAGCAGGUAUAGACAACCCAUGUAGACUUUAAUUUAUUUUUCUCCUGCUAUGAUAGCUAAUUGUCCAGUUCAAACAGUGGCAAGCUGUUUAAACUCGGGGCUACAUUUUGAGAUUUUGACUCGCAUCAAAUCACCUGACCUUGGCUCUCCUCCCAGCGUGAGGUGAGCCCAGGUAGACGCACCAUCGCUGCUUGUUUCUGCAGAGGAUAUUUUCUUGCAAGACAACAGUGACUUGUCAUUUUACUAGUAAAUUAAAGAGAACUUAAUAUGCAAAAUUUACAUUUUGCACGUUUUUCUACUUUAAUUGCUUAUCUAAAGCAAUUUAACUGCUUCAGAAAACAGGUCAAGUGCUUAAAUAAACCCCCAGCCGGGUUUUGGCAAUAAGUCCAUGUUUUUUGUUGUCUGGAAACCUCCUGAUUGUUAAGUCAUAACCAACGGACGCUGCUCUGUUACCUAGCAACCUCAGCCAAGCCCACCCCGUUACUUAGCAACCGCAGCUGAGCUCCAGCACGUUUGGUCAGCUGGUUUUACCGCUGUAUGUGCUGUACAAUGGCUGCUGGAAAAGAAAAGUGUUCUGUUGUUGACUUACCAUUUAGUAAAAUUUUUGUACAAUGUUCAAAGACAGAUGUACGAGGUGUUUGGGAAGAUGUAUUGCUGGAAAGGAACCCCAGAUUGAAUUAGAGACUAACACUUUGGUCACCAGGAAGAGGUGACCUUCUGGACUCUACCAACUGACUUCAAAUAAGCAGAAGACAAUGGACAGGUGAAUGUCAAAAAGACAAAAUAAUCUUAAAAACUGUUAUUGUUGACAAAGUAUUAGCAAACCUUUAGGAAUAAACUUGAAAUAUCUCAGUAAAGACAAUAUAGUAAUGGUCAUUUUAACUCUUUGUUGUCAGGAAAAUCAAAAAUAGAUUUCAAGUUGGAUAAAUACUGGAACAAAGGUUGAGGAUCUUAAGGCAAAAAUAACUUUGGCUACUUUCACAGAGCAGGCCUUAAUCUGAAAUCUGAUCUUUUUGUGUGUGUGCAUGCUUGUUUAUUCUAUUAAUUAACCGUAAUUAGACUUCUGUGUGAAUGUUUUACAAAGCGACCCGCCUGCACAGAAGGAGAACACUGACGUCACACAGCAGCCCAUCGUUUACUGAAGUAAAAUUGGAUGGAGCCGUUUAUGGAUUCACUUGACAGUUUAUUCAGCAAUGUGAGCCGACGGCAUCGUCACAAGAUCAUAACACAAAAGAAGCUAAAAAAAUGAAACAACUAAUAGCAAUGACUUUUUGUGGAGCAUUGACUAUAGGGAAAUCUGUUAGGAUGCGAAGUCAGAGCUACGAUUGUGAUGGGAUGCACUUCAGUGGAACUAACUUCAUUUAUGAAUUCAUAAUUAUAAUUUCGUCAGCCAUUGUUUAUGUCCAGUCUGGCUUCUUCUGCUGCAGUUUUAUUAUGCAUAUCUCAUGUUAAUGAAGUAAAAGUCAGAGAAAAUGCAACAUGACCGUUCAACCUGCAAACACAGAAAACAAUGGGGUAUGUAUUCGAUUUAGUACCAGUGGCUCACAUCAGAUUUGUUUUUGGGUCAUUGGGCAGUGAAAGAUUCAGAUAUGCCGUUAGGCCACAUUCGCCUGCUGUGUAGAAGCAACCUAGGUUUUUGUUUCUCACCAUUGGCCCUGCUCAAUGUGACUGCAUGUGCAUGACUCAUUUAAUGACAGUGCCAACUCAAAUUAGCAUUUGGCAAGAAACAUCUGUGAACUAUCCUUUGAGAUAAAAAUCACUUCAGCAUCAAAGGAAGGUCGUACUCUGUUUUAAAUCCACUUUAAAAAUGAAGCCUGUUAAGUAAAAUGCAGAACCAAAGCUGCCAGCCUUUCAGCGUUAUAUGUUCAUACUAAUGAAAUUAAUGAACCAAAAUUAAUAAUGUGAAGCCUCAUUGGCAGAAAAUAAGGGAGAGCAUCUUUUAGGAGGAUUGCUAUUUAACACUAUAUUUAAUGAUUCUGGCCUGUUGCUAAAAUGUUCAAGCUCAUUGUGCUGUUAUAUUCUCCAUGAUUAGAAGCCAGAGUGGUAAUUGAAUUAUCAAAUAACCAAACAACAACCUGAGUGUGUGUGUAAAAUAGAAAAGGACAGUGCUAGAGCGGCUCUGCUUCCACCAGAGCUACAUGUAUAUAUUUGAAGCACUCGGGCAUGUCUGGACAGACAGUGAGACAACAGAGCCUUAAGGGUGCCAGUUACAUCAGACAAGCGCCUCAUGAAAAUUCUAGAUGUGUGGUUCCAAGAAACAAGAGAGAGUGAAAGGUUUAUUUUCUUAUCUUGUAAUUUACUCUGAAGUCCACAUAAUAUUAAAUAAACGCCUGGACUCACGUGGUUGUAGAAAUGGAGCAUUUAGGUUUAAAUCUUCUUGUUACUAUUAGUGUUUUGAGUUACCAGUGCUUACAAGUAGGGUUGGAUCGAUUAAUGAAUGAACUAAUUUAGUAAUAGAUUGUUAUCUGGAGAAAAUGGCCAUUUACUGAGAAAACAGCAACUUAAAGCAGCAAAGGUACAAAAAAUAUAAACAUUUUGCCUUUCAGAUGUAAAACUUUCUUUACCUGUAAACAUGUUUUACACAGAACUCCUAAUUUUUAGCUUCACUUGGUUCAAAUUCUUUUUAAAAAUCUCCUGUUAGCAUUUAACAUUCAGACAAUGUCUGCCGAACGUCAGCCCGCUAACCGUUCGCCGAAAGUCAGCCCGCUAACCGGUCGCCGAACGUC